AAUAUUUAAACAUAAUAUUGAUGUUAAAAAUGCUUUGUCAACCCACAAUGCGUCCAGCAAGUCCAGCUGAAUCAGAAAUAUCCGUCGGUGGGGCACCGAGUCCACUACCACAACAUCACCAUUUGCAACGUAAUAGUGCUUUAGAUUUACUACAACAUCAACAAUUAUUGAUGCAACAACAUGCAGCAGCAGCUGGCCUCAUAUCGCGCUCAGCCGUCGGAGCUGUCGCAGAAGAAUACUUUCAGCCGCUGAAACGCUUGCGCAUGUCAGCUGAAGCUGCUGAUACUCGUGAUCGUACCCCCAGUCCAGUGCAAAUUUCAGUGGCAACAACUAACGCAACAACGACAACAGCAGCUGCUAAUUGCAAAUCUAAUAUUGAGGGAGUGAAAAGUUUCUCUAUUGCAGAUAUAUUGGGUCAUGAAAAACGCGGUUCUUCAGCUUCACCGCCACCACCACAAACGCGGACGAUGGCAACUACUAGUUUGUUGCAACCGCGUACAGAACCAUUAGACGUAGUAAGUGCAGCAGCCGCUGCUGGUGUGCCACAUCCUGCCGCAGCUGCUAUGUUAUUACCUACUGCACAGAUUGUGCGACCUUGGGAUCAUUUACUGGGUCCAAUGCCCGUGCGCCCAUUCAUACCACCCGCACUAUUACAUUAUGAGCAACGUUUAGCUUUGGACUAUCAUCGUCAACUGCAAGAACAUUUUAAUGCACAGGCACAAAUAUUACGCCAUAUGGGUAUGGAUAUAAUACCAUCGGAAAGUGGUUCGGAACGCUCUAGUUCAGCAGCUAGUGAUUGUUGUUCCCCCGAAAUUUUACGUUCUUCAGGAGAAUCUGGUGCUCAGACUCGUCAUUCACCACAUACUGGUAACGAACGUGAACGUUCGGGUAAUUCUAAUUCUACGAAUGGUAACUCAGCUUCAGGAAGUGGUAAUAGUUCCAGUAAUACUGGCAAUUUAAGUUCCAGCAACAACAAAACCAAAGCAAAUGGUACACCUCUAGAUGCACUAUUUCAAAUGACAACGAAAGAUUUUGAUGAAUCGCAAGAUAAAUCUCAUUUGGAUCUCUUUUCUAAUCGGCCACAACCAAAGAAAAAACGCAAGUCUCGUACAGCAUUUACAAAUCAUCAGAUUUUUGAGCUGGAAAAGCGUUUUCUCUAUCAAAAAUAUCUUUCGCCAGCAGAUCGCGAUGAGAUUGCUGCUGCUCUGGGUCUCUCCAAUGCACAAGUUAUAACUUGGUUCCAGAACCGUCGAGCUAAACAGAAACGUGACAUCGAAGAGCUAAAAAAAGAUUUUGAUAGUGUUAAAGUCUUCUCGGCGCAUAAAUCAUUUUUGGAAAAUGUCAAUGAUCUCAGUAUACUAAAGAAAAAACCCAUACAUGAAGCAGAUAUGGUUGGUUUGGCAGCGGCCGCUGCUGGUAUGGUACCCGUUCCAACAGCGGCGCAAACUCUGAGCCCACAGAAAUGAGCAUACUCUAGUUACUAUGCCAAAUACACUAAACACUUACCGAGCAUGUUAUAAAGAGCUGGGCCAGGAAAACAAUUAAAUGAUCAUUUUCAGUUUAAUUUUAUGCAAAGCGCUUUUGUUUGACUUUAUUGCGCCGCUGAAAAAUGCUGCACAGACGACAGAAUGCGCUUUUAUUUACGUGAGCAAAUAUUCAACUACGAACUAUCUGAUGAUUGAGCAGUGAUCUGCUGAUGAUAGAUACACAACAGAUUGGCGAAGAAGACUUCUUGCAAAUAAGUGCCACAGAUUGGCAGCAAUCCGUUACCAAUGAUGAUAUGCGGAAAAGCACAUCUAUGGUCUACAAUAACAACAGAACUAGGAUGUGGAAUAUAGCAGUAGCUAUCAUUACUAUUUGUUUUGGGAAUGCUGAUAUUUAAAAUAAUAUUGCGACAAGAUCCAUUAUAUUAUAUUAA